AUGGCACACAGCAGCCGGCGGCAGGAGUGGCGGACGUGGGUGAAGACCACACGGCGGUAUGCACGGGAACGGAUAGAGGCGCUGCGGCGGCUGCAUAGCGAGAGCGGGCCGCUGACCAUUGCGCUGCUCUCGCUGCCCGAGGCGCUGGUCGAUGGGGCCAAGGUGGCACUCGCCGACGGCGAUGCCGAUGAGGCACUGGCGCUGGUGGCCGAGUUUGAGGCGCUGAUGGAUGCGCACACCAAUAUACUGCCGCAGGUCUCGCCGCUGGUGGCUAGCGCGGCGCUUGUCCGGGCGCAAGGCGAGUGGAUCAAGGCCCACUUUGCCGCCGCCAUCGAGGCGAGUGAGAAGGCCAUCGCCGCGCUGGUAGCGAUUCAUGGCGUCGAACAUGCGGCGGUAGCCAACGAGAAAGCCAAGCUGGCGGGAAUGAUGCUGUUUUCACUUGGCGACACGCCCGAGAUGCGGGCGCUGCUGUUGGCCGCGAUGCGGUCGCAGACGCAGCGGUCGGUCGGCCCCAUGGGCCGCUCGCACAAGAGCCGCGACGCUCGGAGGAUGAAGCGGCGAGUGGCACGAAUGGCUGACCGGUUUCUGCCUGCCUCUGUCAUCGCCCGCCUCCGUCCUGGCUAUCCGGUACUCGGCGGCGCGCUUGUCGAGCUCGACGUCUUUGCCGUUCGCAGACUGCUCAUUGCGGCACGAACAGACCCGCUCAUUCUGCCGGUGGAGGACGAUGCGCGGGACGUCCUGCUAGUGGAGGCCGAGUCAAACGGUAGCAACGCUACGGAGGUCUCGAGCGCCUCGACUGAUCUCGACUCGGAAGUCGAGGCUGAGCUGGCACGGUACGGCGUCGAUCCGAGUGGCGCGAGCAUUGGGCCCGGGCCGCUCUCCGACGACGAUGCCUCGAGCUCAACGUCGAGUACCGGGUCGCCACAGGCUGAGAGCAAGACGCGACACGCAGCUCCAGAGCGGACGCUCACAACUCCCGCGUUGCGGCGCGGGCGAUCGCGCAAGUCGGUCCGGUGGCUGGAGGGACUCAAGGUCUCACCGUCGGUUUCGAUGCUUGAGGCCAACGCACACGCCGACGCGCUGUUCGAAUCGCUGGACACGACGUCGCCGACGAACAAGUCGUCGACUCAGAUGACAGCGCUGCGGACGGCACACGAGGAGCAGCGACGGGCGAUCGAAGUCCAGCUCAAGGUAGCGCUCGGGCGGCGACCGACGAUCGUGACCAAGGAGCACUUUCAACUGCGGCACUCGCAGCUGGACGCCAAGGCUCAACAGCAGCAAAAGCUGCUGCAAGACGAAGGUGCAGAGCCGAUGGUGGCUGUGGGCGGGAUCAUGAUGGUGGCACGCCGAAGCGUGGCACGGGAACGCGGGCGGCGCAAGGUGCGCCGGUCACGUGCAGGCGGACGAGCGCGCCGAGCCGCAGAUGCGGUGGCGGCGUCGCGAGCGCUUAGCCCCGAGUCGUCGACGACGACAAGGUACUCUUCAGCGAGCGUGGUUCGGCGACUGUCGAUCGACUCGUACGAACUGUACGACUCGGACGACUCGUACGACUCGUACGAUUCGUACUAUGACGCCGAGUCCGAGGCGAGGUCGGUUGACUCGAUGCUCUCGGAGCGGCGGCUCAAUACGCUGCGAUUGGAGGCACUGACCGGGCUGGGCGGGGCGGCGCUGCUUCCGGCGACGAUGUUGGCACAGGCAGACGAGUCGAUGCCGCGGUACACGCUCCAGCCUCGGGCCGAUGAAGUGUCGAAGAUCCGGGCCUUUCUCGUCGACCACAUUCGAACUGAGGAGCAUGUCAUCCACCAGUUUGCUGGCGCUGCCCUCGAGUCGAACCGCAUCUUUCACCAGCACGAUCCGUACCGAGUUCACACCGAUGAGGACGAAAACGGCCUGCUGGCGCAGAUGCGCACCGUGGUCGGCGAGCUCCUUCUCGACAACGUCAUCGAGUGGUUCGUGCCUGUCGCCGACCUUGUUCCGCUCACCAAAAUGCUGGCCGGCAUUAUCGACGAUGAGACUACCCGGGUCAUCGACGACGUCAUUGAUGAAGAGCGAGCGAUUGAGGAUGCCCGCGCCGCCGAGGCCGCCCGUGAGCAGGCACUCCGCGACAAGCUUCUCCGAGGCAGCGUCAAGUAUCGCGGCCACGUCAAGCGAUGAGGGUAGCAGCGUCAC